AUGCCUGUGCAGUCGGUGGCGACCCGAGUACUAUUUUACCCGACCUUGCUGUACAACGUGGUGAUGGAGAAGGUCUCCAGCCGGAAGUGGUAUGACAGGAUCGAUGAGACGGUUAUCCUGGGAGCGCUGCCCUUCCGUGGGAUGAGUGACAAGUUGAUUAAAGAAGAGAAUGUACGUGGGGUCAUUACUAUGAAUGAGGAAUAUGAAACCAGACUGCUGUGCCACUCUUCUCAGCAGUGGGAAUCUCUUGGUGUGGAGCAGCUGAGACUCAGCACUGUUGACUUUACUGGAGUCCCAUCACUGGAGAACUUACAAAAAGGAGUGAAGUUCGUACACCGACACCAAGAAAAGGGACAUAGUGUUUACAUCCACUGCAAGGCUGGAAGAUCUCGUAGUGCCACCAUGGUGGCUGCCUACUUAAUAGAGAGACACAGAUGGGAGCCAGAUGUCGCCACUGCCUUCAUAGCAAAUAUCCGUCCACACAUUUUGAUCCGCAGCAGACAGCAUCAAAUUCUGGAGAGGUUUUACCUCUCCCUCACUAACUCAGAAUCUGUAGGGGGUGGAGGGUGA